AUGAAGUCAAGUGGGGACGUCAAUGAAAGGGGUUACACUUUCAAUCAUCCGAUUGUCGUUGCUCAAUACAAAGCCCUUCGCAAGAUGUGUCUAGUUUAUCACCAACGUCUUCUUGAUGAAUACUAUUAUGUCAACGAUUUGGCCGUAGAUGACAAGGUCGUUCCAGCUUGGAGUCGUGUGGAUGAGGCAUUAAUCCUGAAGCAUGCUCUGUAUUUUGAAGCACAUGCGCAGAAGUAUGGGUUCAUCUUGCAUCGUUGUACCAACAGCUGGGGUGCCACGGCUCUGUUGGCUUCUGUCCACAAGACUCGCCGCCGUUCUGCAACAAGAGCUAUUGGUAGUACUUCUGACAGUAGCUCUUUUGAUGGUUUCUCGUCUUCUGUUUCUCUUUCUGGUAAUGGAGCUACUGGCAAUUGUCCUGGUGGUGAUGAUGGCCCAGAUGAGGGUGAAGAUGACGAUGAUAAUGAAGAUUUCCGCAACUCUACUGCUGGUCGCUUAACUGCAUCAAGAAGCGUACAUGCAACCCCAAUGGUUCCAAGAGACCCUAGUGAAUCUUACCUAGACUAUAGCUGGAGUUCCUGUUCCUCUUCAGAUUUGAUGAGGUUAGAAUAA